UGACUCGUUUGGUUGGUUGCCUAAUGGAGUAACUAACAAAAAGAACAAAAAAAUUCAUGCUAAAACUUGAGCGUUGACCGCUUUGACUCCUCUUCUUUCUCCAUCUUCGGUGCGUUCACAUGCCAAGGGGGUGUAACGUGGCAUUCAAUUCGGUUAAUAAAACCACGACCAUUUCCAAUUUGUCGUUCCCCAUUCCUCAAUUCAAACAAAUCUCAACCAAAAAUUAAAAAUCAUGGCCAUCACACGCCGCCACCCUCCUCUCCUCCUCCUCUUCCUCGCCGUUGCCGCCGCCGCCACCAUCGCCGGCGCGUCACAGUCCACCAGGCCCAGGCCGGCGGUGAGCCCGGCCGCGGCGGCGGACUUCGUGCGGCGGUCGUGCCGCGCGACGCGGUACCCGCAGGUGUGCGAGCGGAGCCUCAUGCCGCAGGCCCCCGCGGUGGGGCGCAGCCCGCGUCUCCUGGCGCAGGCCGCGCUCACCGUCGGCGCCGACCGCGCGCGCUCCUGCUCGGGCUACCUCGGGGGCGGCGGCUCCUCCAGCUCGUCCAAGCGCUCCGGCGGCGGCGGCAGGGGCGGCGCGGUGGGGGACUGCGCGGACACGCUGCGGGACGCGGAGGAGCGGCUGCGGCAGUCGGCGGCGGAGAUGAGCCGGAUGGGGCGGUCGGGGAGCCCGCGGUUCGCGUGGCGGCUGAGCAACGUGCAGACCUGGGCCAGCGCCGCGCUCACCGACGCCUCCACCUGCCUCGACUCCCUCGCCACCUACGCCGCCCCCGGCAUCGACGUCGACGCCCUCAGGAAGCGCGUCGGCGCCGUCUCCCAGGCCACCAGCAACGCCCUCGCCCUCGUCAACAACCUCGAUCCGCACCACCACUUGUAAUUACUCUAAAUCACUCCCCUACGUGCACCUCUACAAUCACUUGUAUGUAGUAAUAAUCUCAUCGCUCCUAUCCUACACGUAUUAUGGAUGCUUAAUUAUAGUAGUAACUGCCUUGCUUCUUCCAAAUUUCUUCUCCUCUUCUGCUUGGGGAUGUGUGUGUAACUGUAUCUUCUUGUCUUUUCUCUUCUUUGCUUUCUUGUUUUCUUUUCUGGAAGUUGCUAGCGUUAAUCUCUUCUUUCAGAAGAGGUUGUAGUACUGCCUUUCAGUUUGGAUAUCUUAACUGUACGGAACCAGAGCAGCUUUAAUUAAAAGAGUAAUAUAUACAAUAAGUUAAUAAUGACCCUAA